AUGCCAUUAGCAAACUUAACAGUACCUUGGAAUCAACAGCAUGUUUCCGAGCAGCAAACACCUGAUGUAGAUCCAACAGACCAUCACCCAGACAAUCACCCACUGUCGAUAUCAGCUAUGGCACAAUCCAACAUUGAUAUGGAUAAUAAUCAUUCAUCAUCGUCAAUUAACAGUGCCGCUUGUACUGUCAACUCAAAUGUUAAUAAUGGGUGUGUUGUUGAUUCGCAUGAGAUUGAAGUCUGCGAGCUUGUAAGAGAUGGCCAUGAAAAAGCUGAUCCAAGUCACUUCGAUUUGCUUAAAGUUCUCGGUCAGGGCUCUUUCGGAAAAGUUUUUUUAGUCAGGAAAGUUGUCGGGAAAGAUAAAGGAACUUUGUAUGCUAUGAAAGUUUUGAAAAAAGCAACACUUAAAGUGCGAGAUAGGGUCAGAACUAAAACAGAAAGAAAUAUUCUAGUAGAUGUUGAACAUCCAUUUAUUGUACGUUUACACUAUGCCUUCCAAACGGAAGGUAAAUUAUAUUUAAUCCUCGAUUUUUUGAGAGGUGGUGAUCUUUUUUCACGUCUGUCCAAAGAGGUAAUGUUUACUGAAGAAGAUGUCAAAUUUUAUUUAGCUGAAUUAGCACUAGCAUUAGAUCAUAUCCAUAAACUUGGGAUUAUUUAUAGAGACUUAAAACCUGAAAAUAUUCUAUUAGACGCCGAUGGACACAUGUCUUUAACUGAUUUCGGAUUAAGCAAGCAGCCAUUAGAUGACACUAAAACUUCGUACUCAUUUUGUGGAACUAUUGAGUAUAUGGCACCAGAAGUUGUUAAUCGUCAAGGACAUUCAUUUGCUGCUGACUGGUGGAGCUUUGGUGUUUUAAUGUUUGAAAUGCUAACGGGAGCACUGCCAUUCCAAGGCGUAAACCGAAAAGAAACAAUGACUCAAAUUCUAAAAGCUAAGCUUGGAAUGCCCUACAAUAUAUCUCAAGACGCCCAAGCACUUUUGCGUGUCCUCUUCAAAAGAAAUCCAGCAAAUCGGAUUGGGAGCAACGGAGUCGAAGAAAUAAAAAGCCAUCCAUUUUUCUCGUCGAUAGACUGGGAGGCUUUGUACCGAAAAGAAGUAGUCCCGCCUUUCAAGCCAGCAGUGAGUCGCGAAGACGACGCAUUUUGCUUCGACAGCGAAUUCACGUGCAAGACACCUAGAGACUCUCCAGGUCUUCCACCGAGUGCAAACGCCCAUGAAUUAUUCCGCGGGUUUAGUUUUGUAGCUCCGGGAGACACCGCAAGUGACAUAUUAAAUCGCAUUGGCCUCGGUUUCGUGAAUGUCGACAACGGUAUCUGGACACAUAUAUCCACCGAAGCUAAAGACCUUGUUCUCAGAAUGCUACAUAUCGAUCCACACAGGAGACCAACAGCUGCGGCUAUAUUAAAAUACUCGUGGAUCGCAAAUCGCCAUCGUCUUCCGCAAAAAUACUUGCCUGAAGCUGUUAUCGAUCCUUUGAGUCUCAAGACUGCAGUAGCAGAGACUUACAAAGCAAUGUCGAAUAAUCCAAGAUCGCCACACAUUGGGCCAGUUGUCAUGUCCGAAUUAGCCCGGCGACGAACUCAGGCCAAACCAGGAGAUUUAUUUUUUUUUUCUUUAAAAUUUUAA